ACAAACGCGAAAUUCUUAUAUUUAAACUAGAUAGUUCUUUUAUUACGUGUUUUUAACCAAAAUGUAAUGAUGUCUUCUGUAUAGUGUCAUAGUGCAUAAGCUAUAUAUAUAUGUGAGCGCGGGUUUUUUAAUAGAAAAAACAUUUUACAAUGAAGUCUACUAAAAAUAGUGGAAUUGGUUCUUUAUGGGGAGAAUUACCUGCAAGAGAAACUCUAAAACAAGAAGUAAUAACUCCAGAUAUCAUAGAAAAUGUUUGGAGACAAGUUAUGGAAGAAUCAAAUAAUUCUGAUUGUGAUUUCCAAAUAGACAGGCAAUCUGAAUAUAUUCAAUUACCUAUGGGAAAUCUUCAUGUAUUAAAUACUAUAAAUCUUCAUCAACAAUUAAGAAUUAUGGAAGAAGGAAUGGUAUUGGGAAAUAUGACAACAAUUGAAACACAAGAUUUACAAGAAGAAAAAGAAACACAAAAUUCAUUUCAUAAUUUAUCAAUACAAAAAGAAAGAAAUGUAUUUAAAGAAGUUUCUACAAUACAUUAUCUUACACCAGAAACAUCUCGUUAUAUAUUGAAGCAUGCAGUUAUUAUUCUUUUAGCACAUAUUGGAUUUGAAAAGUCUUCAAAUAUAGCUAUAGAAACACUUACAGAUAUUGCUGGUCAUUUUUUAAGAAGAAUGACGCUUUUAAUGAAAGCAGCAUAUGAACAAAAAGAUCAUGGAUUUCCAGAUAUGUUAGAAAGAGUUUUAUUGGAAACAGGAGUUGGCGGUAUAUGUGCUCUUCAUGACUACUAUCAAGAAUAUAUAUUAAAAUUUGAAGAAAAUAUGAAAAAAAAAGUUGAAAUAAUGAUGGAAAAACAGAGGCAACUUGAACUUAAUGCUUAUAGUUCUAAGAUUGUUUUAGAUGAAGCAGCUAAUAAAUUGCAAUUUGAAGAACUUGAUGAAUUUGGUAAUGUUUAUCGAGAAGUUCCAACUCUUCAAUUGUUAGAUCCUGAUAUGGGUUUUCCUCCUAGUCUUGAUGCUGGUUUUCAAAUGUUAUAUAAUCUUGAACAAGAUGAAUUAAAUAAUUUGGAAGUAGAAGAAGAAGAAGUAAAUGUAAGUGAUUCUCCAAGUACUGGACAACGAUCUGAUAUAUCAAAUGAUAAAAAAAAGUCUUAAUGAUCAUAUAAUACUUGAAUAUUACUCAUAUAAUUUCUUAUUUUUAUUCCAUGUAAAAAAAAGAAUUUAUAAUAAAUUUUCAAUAUUA